CUUUGCAUAAGAAAUACAAAUCAUUUUCUUUCAAAACUUUUUCUCUAAACACAUUCUCUGGUCACUGUAAUUGACCCCGUGACAGAUGGAGGCAACCAUCAAAGUUGGAGCUCUCUGCGGUCCUCCUCGGAAAGCUUCCUACGACAGAGGCCUUGUUCGUUCAAUAGAGCGGAGAUUCUCCAACAAACUGCAAGGGAUCAAUUUCACUCGGACAGGAAUUUUAGAGGGGAGACAGAGCAAGAGAUGGAAGCAACUAAAUCUGCCAUCAAAGUUGCAGCCCUCUGCGGUUCUCUUCGGAAAGCUUCCUAUAACGGAGGCCUCGUCCGUUCAGCAAUGGAGAUAUGCAAGGAGUCGAUCCCUGGUAUGCAAAUCGAGUACGUGGAAGUGUCGCCUCUCCCCAUGAUCAACACCGACCUCGAAGAAGAAGGCGGCAAAUUCCCGGCUGUGGUCGAAGAGUUCCGUCGCAAGAUUUCGAGAGCCGAUAGCUUUCUCUUUGCCUCUCCCGAGUACAACUACUCCAUUGCUCCGCCUCUCAAGAAUGCGAUAGAUUGGGCAUCUAGGCCACCGAAUGUUUGGGCCGAUAAAGCUGCUGCUAUAGUAAGUGCUGGAGGAAAUUUUGGCGGCGGAAGAGCGCAAUAUCAUCUCCGGCAGACAGGGGUGUACGUCGAUCUUCAUUUCAUUAACAAGCCCGAGCUUUUCGUAUAUGCAUUUCAACCUCCUGCAAAGUUUGAUGCCGAUGGAAACUUGAUCGAUGCAGAGGUCAAGGAGAGGCUAAAGCAGGUUCUGCUUUCACUGCAGAAAUUCACAUUGCAACUCCGGGGUCAGUGCUGUCGAAGUCGACGACCCAAUGACGUGCUGCAUUGUUUAGGAAAAAGAACAGGGAAAACCCUUGACUGGACUUGGUCCAAGUCCACUAAAACCAAGGUGUGCUAACGACUGCUAAACAUCACCAUCUCCAUAACAGUGAUUGGGCGGCGAGAAGUACCCAGAAUAUUUUCUGUUCCCCACUUCGCUCGCUCAUGUUCUUUCUUUGGGUGGAAUUAGGGAACAAGGUAUGCUGGAGCUUAGUCAUGCAGAUAGAGAGCUAAACACAAAAAGAAAAAAACAGAAAGAACGGGAGUGAGGGUUGCUUUAACUUUAUUAUGGUCUUUACUGUUUUCUAUCUUAGUUCCAUUUUAUGUUGGAACAAGAUUUAGGAACACUAGAGAAACUAUGGGCUCUGUCUGUACAUGUAAAGACGAGAUGCGAUGGAUUACCUUAAGUCAGCUACUAUAUUAUUCUGUUGGUAGCUAGACGACCAUUGCGGCAAUGACCAAUCGCGCCUUUUCCGGCUAGCAGGCUCCAUU